GCUUUGUAGGCAUUGUUCCCCCCAGCACCGCCGCACGCACCAGUUUCUUCAUCUCCUACGCCUGAAAUUGAGAAAUCGGGACAAGAGAAAAAGAUUAAGAUAAAACUUAAUUUUGCUUUUUGAGAUACUUUUGGGAAGAUCUAGUUGUUGGAUUCGUUGAACGCUAGUGGAUUUGGUACGAUUCAUCUGGUUUCUUGACUUAUUGAUAGAAUCCGCGAGCUCGAUUUUGGUAGGAUUUAGGGUUCGUGUCUUCUGGUUAAGAGAGAGAGAGAGAGAGAGAGAGAGAGAGAGAGAGAAUCAAUGGCGGAGGUUGUUUUGCACAUAUACGAUGUGACCAACAGUGGAUCGGAGAAGACUAACAACACCAUUGUUCAGAUCAAUCGGUUCUUCAAAGACGGGAUCGGUCUUGGCGGCAUAUUCCACAGCGCUAUCCAGGUAUACGGAGAUGAUGAGUGGUCUUACGGUUAUUGUGAACAAGGAACUGGUGUAUUCAGCUGUCCCAGUGGCAAGAACUCUAUGUACACAUAUCGUGAGAAAAUUGUUCUUGGGAAGACAGAUUGCACAAUUUUCAUGGUAAAUCAGAUGUUGCGUGAGCUCCGCAGGGAAUGGCCAGGACACACUUAUGAUUUGUUGUCCAAAAAUUGCAAUCACUUCUGCGAUAUACUCUGUGACCGGCUUGGUGUGCCAAAAAUCCCAGGUUGGGUGAAUCGUUUUGCCAAUGCUGGUGACACAGCCUUGGAAGUGGCAGGAAACACAGCAAUGCGGAUGAAGCAAGCCAAAACAGAACUUGUGUCAGCUAGUAAAGAUUUCCGAAAAGAGGGAAAAGAUUUCCGAAGCUACGUGGAGGGAACUGCACUGGAAAGUAUGACAAGCAUUGGCAGUGUAGAGGUUAAGGCUACCAUUAAUACUGGUUUUCCUUGGAAAGUAGUGGCUAAAGGUAGUAGGAGUUCGACAAGGCUUACUAAGAAACAAGUCUCACGAGCUGCAGCCCCUGAUACUGAGCCAGAAUACAAAAUUUCUGCUGGUACAUCAGCACAAGGAGAUUCGGAAUCGGAAAAGCUUGGCGUUUCUGUUAUAGGCCAGCAUUUCGCAGAUAGAGUAGAGCAUGUUCCAAUUAAGAAACGGAGGUUUAUGGUUCCUCCUCCAUCACCUUUGAAAAAGUCCACCCCCUGUGGUGAAGGCUCACACCAUCAUGCAGAGAUCAACCAUAUUCUCCCUGUUUCUAGGCUGAAUCCUAAUCUAUUGAGACAAAAAACAGCAGAAAUCCCCGAUGAUAAGCCCGAUAGCAGUAGUCAUGACUUCUCUGCUAUUAAGAUACUUGCAGAAGUUGCUUGCAGUAAUGGUAUGAGUAGUGAUAUUGCAUCCUUAGUAGACGGUCAGCUAGUUGAACCUGUUAAGCAUGAUGAUGCUUUGACUUUAUCUGCUCAUGUGGAAGGUAAUGAUUCAUCAUCUGGCACUGAUGAUGUCUCUGGGAAUGAUACUACGAUUGAAUCCAGUGACAAGGUUGGGGAAGACAAGACCAAAAUCAUAGUGUCUCAAAAACUACUGAUUGAUACUUUGGGUAAUGCUUCGGCUGCUGAUCAGAGUGAAGAGCGUAUAGUAGCAUCUAGUGGUACCAUAGUGGCUCAGAACAUUAAUGUUUCUAUUUCAAAUGAAUCCUCAACAGAAUUGCCAAAGGAAACUAUGGAAGCAGGAAAUAGUGUAAGUUUAGCACCUCAGAGUGAGUCUGCUACUGUGUCAGAGAUUUUAUCUGAUGAUGAGCGCACUGGGAAGGGUAAGAGCACUGAAUGCCUUACAGAUGAUAGGUUACACUGGGAUUUAAAUCUUCCAACAGAUGCGUGGGAUCAACCUUGUGAUGUAGUAGUUGAUAAAGCAACCCGAAGAUAUUCUGAUGGAGAAGUCACUGUGUCUGUUACAGAGAGUGGACACGUUGAUGGUAGUAAAGACUACGCGGCAGGUCUGAUUGAAUCUGAUGUGCACAUGAAUUCUCCAUCACCGUCUGGGGCUAAGGCUGAAGCCUCUGCUCGAAAUGGGAAGGAAUGCCAAUCUGGUUAUGAUUCCCAGUUUGAGGAUGGAGAGUUGAGGGAACCAUACCCUUGGGAAGAAAAAGAGGGUGAUAGUGGAGAUGUUGAACAAGUGGAUUAUGGCUCUGAGCCUGAGAAUGAACGAGUCUACUCUUUGGCUGAAACUAAUGAGAAUAAGCUAGAGGAUGUUGAGCAGAGAUUCUUGCCAGAGACAAAGUGUGAUUCAGGCAAUGUGCGUGAAGGAAGUAGUGAUGUAGAGAAGCAUGUAGUGGUUUGCAUGAAUGAUUCUCAUUCUAAAGGAUCUUCUCCGUCAAGGAGCUUUGGGUCAAAACCAUACAAAGGGUUACCUUCACAUGAAAGUAUCCCAAGGAGAAGGCCUGAUAGUUAUGAAGAGCCGAGUGAUAGGGACCUUGGUCCCAAUAAAUUUAUUGGAAGAGACAGAUCAGAGAUGCGUAUGCGAAGCAGGAGUCCCGCGAGAAGACAAUUUGGCGGCUGGAAUACCAAGCGUCGCUUUUCCCCACCUAUUUACAGAGGUGGUCCAUAUGGCUUUGGACAUCCGCGUCCUAAAACCGUUGAGGAGGACCGAGGUAUGAUGAAUGGCUUUGAUCAGCCAGGUCCAGGUCCACAUGGCUAUGUACGUAGGCAGUUCUCUAAUGGAGGAUAUCGGGGUCGAUUUAGACGGUUUCCAAAUGGUGGCGGAAAUCGGGAUUUCAGAGGCGUAGAUAGUCCAUUCCCUCCCAGUGAUGGUAAUAACUAUCCAAGUCGCAUGCACAACAACCGAGUGCACAAUAGGAGAGACAGAAGCAACUCCCCUCCUGUCUUCAGGAGAUUGCAUGAUCCCCAAUCACGGUCCAGGUCCAGAAGCCGUUCCCCAUGCUCAUGGAACAGGCGGAACAGAUCUCCUCCUGGAUUCAAG